AUGAAAUUUUUAAAUAAAAUUAAAGAGAUAGAUAUUUUUGGUGUUUCAAUUCCACUUUUAACAUAGGCAAACAAUUAAAAAUUUUAAAGCACAAUGGGUGGAAUAUUAUCAAUUUUAUUAGGAAGCAUAAGUCUAGCUUACUUUUUAUAUGUUAUUGUGUAAUGGAGUAACAAUUUAAUUCCCCCAAAUAUCAGUUCUAAAUAAAAAACAAUCAGUUAUACAGAAUUCUCAUUUUCAAAGCCGUUAAUAUCAAUAAGUUUAUAAGAUUUGACCAUGGAUAUUGAUCCUUUUAGGAAAGCUAACAAUAUUAUUACUCCUCUUUUGUAUACAAUAAUAAAUUCAACUAUAAUAAAAGAUCCUGUUGCAUUAUUUAGCACUCCUGAGUUUCCUUAUCUAAUAUCAUUAUCCAAUGGUUCUUUAGUACUUAAUAAUUUAGAUUCAAGUGUUACUGAUAAGGAAUAUUUACAUAUGAAAUAAUACUUAAUUGUAUUAACCAAAUGUUCAAAUAGUACAUUAUUAGAAGGAGGUUAUUGUGCUGAUGAUAAUACUAUUAAAGAAUAUUUAUCAAAAUUUCAUGGGCUUUUAUUUUUAACCAUUAGUUUGGGUCAAAUAAAUUAAAAAACAAGAGAAUUAGAAGUUUUCAAUAAGUAAUAUUAUACUAGUUUUGAUACAAAAAAUCCAAUAUACUCUUAAAUUAUGCUAAAAUAAUAAGAAACAAUUAUUGAUGAUGGAAUUUUAUUUAAUAAUUAUCAAAGAUACAAUACUUUGAACAAUUAUGAAAUGAUUAACUAAUAAAUAGAUAAUACUUUUGCUUCAAGGGUUUUUACAUAUAUGUCUGAAAGUCCUUUAAAUUUAGAUAAUUAUGGUUGUUAUUUAUUUAGAAUAGAUAAUAUAUCAAUGGUGGAAGAAGUUACGAUGCCAAAAUUAGGUUAAAUUCUAGCUUAAAUAGGAUCUAUUAUAUAAUUACUAUUUUUAUUAAAAUAUGCAGCAUUAUAUUAUAAUAGCCAAUUACUUGAAGAUGAAUUGUUUCAUGAUAUAAUAUCAAUGUAUUAUCCAGAUAUAAAAGGAUACUCACUUAAAAGCUUUAUAUAAAAAUAACUAUUUUAAGAAUAGAAUAACCAAAAAAUACCAUCAAUUCAAGAUAUGAAUUACAUUCAUAAAGCCUUACUUUAAAGUGCUCGGCAAAAAUGUAGACUUAAUAAUAUUAUAUAUGAAAUAUCUAGAAUACAGUUUAUCAUUUAACAAUAAUUUGGAAAUCAUAUUUUAACAGCUAGUCAUUAAUUAGGACAAAAAUUUGAAGGUUGUCAUUUUGGCUUGGAAAGUGAAAAAGAAACAAAAAGAUUCUUGGUCAAACCAAUAGAUUCGAUUGAUUUACAAUAACCAAUGACUAAUAAAGAGCCUAUAGAAUUGCUUUUAAAAUAGACUUGA